AUGCAUAAGAAGAAGAUAAACCGAGAAGAGCUGAAUUCGUUGAAUGUAGCCAACAUCUGCUAUUUAACCGAUGUUGUGUGUUUUUUAGAAGGAAUAGUGACUGUUUUUCAGAAAAAAGUGAAUCUACUUCACGCUGACGUUUGGGAAGCUCAGGCUGGGAUGGAGAUAGCAAUAGCGAAAAAGAAUGCCAAGAAAGCUCCAGUUAAUGAUGGGGAUAAAGAAUAUAUGACUCUGGGAGAAAUUAUGCAAAUCAAUGUAUCCCCUACAAAGCGGGUCCAACGUAGAUCCUUACGUUCUUUGACACUUGACAAUGUGGAUUUAUCUGGUAAUGAAGGCGGAGAGGAGGAAGUUCCAAUGAUUGAUCGUCAUCAAGCUGCUCCGGCGAGUAUUACUUUAAUUGACUCUUACCAAACUAAUGUGGAGCCACAAUUUGAGAGGUUUGGCAUCGAAGGAGAUGACGGAACACAAGUAAAUGAUGAAUUUCCAGCCGUGGUCAUACCCUCCCCAUCUUCUCGAGACGAUCCAAAGAGAGCUGAUAUAACUGAAGACAGAGAUCCUGUGCCCCAGAUCAUUCAGCAAGAUUUAGAAAACAUUAAUGCUAGAGAGGAACCUCAAAGAGUAGAGCCAGCUAAUAGGAAAAGAAGAAGACCAAUAAAAAUGGACAUGGAGCAGCAAAAGAUCCCUCUUUCUACUCUCAGGCUCUGGCAGAGUCACACUUCUGAUAUAAAAAGAAAUGUGGGACAUGGUAUCCAGUCUACAACUAACAUAGUUAAUUUCAUGGGAGGGCCGCUCCAUGCAUUAGGAGGGUUUGAGUCCUAUCAAUCAUAUUCAGAUAGGGCGAUGCAAAAUCAUCCUCUAGAACCAUCAUCAACAUCACCUCCAGGAGUAGACAACAAUGAUUUCGCAGAAUACAAGGAUAAUAACUUCAUGAUAAAAUCUCCAAAUGUGAAGAGUUUUGAGGAACCUGAUGGUAACAUAGACAAUCAACUUGAUGCUACGGAAAAGGAGCGGACACAGAUCAAUGAUAAUGGUUUGAGAGUACCUGAAUCUACUCUCCAGGCCUCUUCAAGUAGAGUACCUGAAUCUACUCUCCAUGCCUCUUCAAGUACAGUACCUGAACAUGGUCAUUUCUCACAAUUAGAUUUGGAUAGAGAAAGGUAA